UCCACCCACGCGAGACGUACUGACGUAAGCGUGCGGUGACACCGCCCCGCUCUCGAGCCCGGGAGCCAGGGAGCCGGGAGUGGGGGGGGCGGUGUUGGCGGCGGCGCCCGUUUUCACUUAGAGCAGGGCCCCUGGCGUGGCGCCAGUCCCCGCCCCCUAAGCCCUGGCCUCGGCUACCCCUAGGUCUCCUGGGAGCUCCUUCCAGCGCCUGUCCGUCACCAUGAUGUCCUCCGGCCUUCGGAUCACCGGUCCUCGUUGAGCCCUCAGAAGGCGAACCUGUGCUGGAACCAACAUGCCUGCCCUGACACGACCUCCUUGCUGUUACCUGAACAAGAAACUCCAUCUCUUGGCCCCAACCAUUUUCUCUGGCUGUCCCCCAUGCCUGGAAUGUUCUUCUUCCUCAUUUCUGCCUCCUGGAUUCCCUGGCUUUCAAGUCCCAGGAGUAUGCUGCUGCUGUGCUGCUUUGCGCCCUCGUUACAAACGUCUGGUGGAUAACAUAUUUCCUGAAGAUCCAAAAGAUGGUCUUGUUAAAGCUGAUAUGGAGAAACUGACUUUUUAUGCUGUAUCUGCCCCGGAGAAACUAGAUCGAAUUGGUUCAUACCUGGCUGACAGAUUGAGCAGAGAUGUUGUCAGACACCGGUCUGGGUAUGUUUUAAUUGCUAUGGAGGCAUUGGACCAGUUGCUAAUGGCUUGUCAUUCUCAAAGCAUCAAGCCAUUUGUAGAAAGCUUUCUGCAUAUGGUAGCAAAGCUGCUGGAAUCAGGAGAACCAAAACUACAAGUUCUUGGAACUAAUUCUUUUGUCAAAUUUGCAAAUAUUGAAGAAGACACACCCUCUUAUCACAGACGUUAUGACUUUUUCGUUUCUCGAUUCAGUGCCAUGUGUCAUUCCUGUCAUAGUGAUCCAGAAAUUCGGAAAGAAAUCCGGAUAGCUGGGAUCCGAGGAAUUCAGGGUGUGGUUCGCAAAACAGUUAAUGAUGAGUUGCGGGCAACUAUAUGGGAACCACAGCAUAUGGAUAAAAUUGUUCCAUCUCUCUUAUUUAACAUGCAAAAAACAGAAGAUAUUGACAGUCGAAUAGGCCCUCCUUCUUCUCCAUCAGAAGGUGACAAAGAGGAAAAUCCUGCUGUGUUGGCUGAAAACUGUUUUAGAGAAUUACUGGGCCGAGCAACAUAUGGGAACAUGAGUAACGCUGUUCGACCAGUUUUUGCACAUUUAGAUAAUCAUAACCUGUGGGAUCCCAAUGAAUUUGCAGUUCACUGCUUCAAAAUUAUAAUGUAUUCCAUUCAGGCACAGUAUUCUCACCAUGUGAUCCAAGAGACUCUAGGACAUCUUGAUGCUCGAAAAAAAGAUUCCCCACGUGUUCGGGCAGGGAUUAUCCAGGUUCUAUUAGAAGCAGUUGCCAUUGCUGCUAAAGGAUCUAUAGGACCUACAGUAUUGGAAGUAUUUAACACCUUACUGAAGCAUUUGCGUCUCAGUGUUGAAUUUGAAGCUGGUGAAAGACGAGGCUCUAUGGGCAGUGUCACUGUAAGCACGAGCACCAAAGAUAAUGAUGAGAAGAUUGUCCAGAAUGCUAUUAUUCAAACAAUAGGGUUUUUUGGAAGUAAUUUACCAGAUUAUCAGAGAUCAGAGAUUAUGAUGUUCAUUAUGGGAAAAGUACCCGUUUUUGGAACUACCACACAUACUCUGGAUACCAGUCAGCUCGGGGAGUUGGGAACCAGACGGAUUCAGAUAAUGUUGCUGAGAUCUUUACUUAUGGUAACAUCUGGAUACAAAGCUAAGACGAUUGUUACUGCACUACCUGCCCCAUUUCUUGAUCCUUUACUAUCUCCAUCUCUAAUGGAAGACUAUGAACUGAGACAGCUGGUCCUUGAAAUAUUGCAUAAUCUAGUUGAUCGACAUGACAAUCGGGCAAAACUUCGAGGAAUCAGGAUCAUACCAGAUGUAGGUGACCUCAAGAUAAAAAGAGAGAAAAUUUCCAGGCAAGAUGCAAGUUUUAUGAAAAAGAAUGGUCAGCUGUUAUACCGCCAUAUUUAUUUGGGCUGUAAGGAAGAAGACAAUGUUCAGAAAAAUUUUGAAUUACUCUAUACAUCUCUUGCUCUUAUUACUAUUGAACUGGCCAAUGAAGAAGUGGUUAUUGAUCUUAUACGAGUAGCUAUUGCUUUACAGGAUAAUGCCAUCCUUAAUGAAGAUAAUUUACCCAUGUUCCAUCGCUGUGCUGUCAUGGCAUUAGUUGGAGCGUACCUCAACUUUUUAAGUCAGAUGAUAGCAGUUCCUGCUUUUUACCAACAUGUGAGCAAGGUUAUUGAAACAAGAACAAUGGAAGCACCCUAUUUUCUUCCAGAACAUAUUUUCAGAGACAAGUGCAUGCUUCCAAAAUCUCUAGAGAAACAUGAAAAAAAUUUGUAUUUCUUAACUAACAAGAUUGCAGAAUCAUUAGGGGGCAGUGGAUAUAGUGUGGAAAGAUUAACAGUGCCAUAUGUGCCACAAGUAACAGAUGAAGAUCGACUUUCCAGAAGGAAGAGUAUUGUGGACACCGUAUCCAUCCAGGUGGAUAUUUUACCAGGCAGCAAUCCUGUUGAAGAUGUGGUCACUGCCACUGAAGAAAUAACCUUUGAAGCAUUGAAAAAAGCAAUUGAUACCAAUGGAAUGGAAGAACAAGAAAAAGAGAAGAGGCGUCUUGUGAUAGAGAAGUUUCAAAAAGCACCUUUUGAAGAAAUUGCAGCACAGUGUGAAUCCAAAGCAAAUUUUCUUCAUGACAGACUUGCACAAAUACUGGAGCUUACCAUACGUCCACCUCCGAGUCCAUCAGGAACACUGACCAUCACAUCUGGACAUGCCCAGUACCAGUCUGUCCCAGUUUAUGAGAUGAAGUUUCCAGAUCUCUGUGUGUAUUGAGUCUUAUGGAGUCUGCUGAAUCAUAUUUAGUUUAAAGUUGAAAAUCAAGGCUAAAAUCAGUUUUAGGGUUAAUUUGCUUCAUUCCAGUUAACAUAUUUAUUCAAAAUAAUUAGGGAACUAAAGUUGAACCAAGUGAUUGAUUGCCAGGGUAAAUUAGACAUUUUUAGACUGUAUUCUCUUAAAUAUAAUGGAGCAUACAGAUCUGUCAUGUCAAUUUGUUUUUCCAUUUGAAUUCCUUAUUGGUUUUAAAAGUUGAGCAACUGAGAUUUUUUUCAUGUUGUUCUAUAGUACAUUUUAAAACUUUUCAUAAAUGCUUAUUUCAAAAGCAAGUUUUUUUUCCAAAUCCUUAAUGGGAAUUUACAAACAUACUGAGUAUAUAUGAUGUAUUUCAUAAACUUAUACAGAACUGUUUUUAGCAAAAAUGGCUUUGACUACUUGUCACAUAGAAUAGCAAAGACUGUAAUCCUGGAGUCUCAUAAUUGGUGGCUUUUUCUUCUUUGCUUUAGAAUAAGUUGUCAAAAACCACCAUUGCUUAUUCACAGUAACAAAUAUGUGUAGUAGUGUUCAAAGACUGUGAUCUAAAAAAUAACGUACUUUUACAAAUCUGGUACAGCUAUACUGUAUUUUCUGCUAAAAGUUUAACUGUUCUUCUUGAGAAGUGUGAAGCUUCCUCUUAGAGCACCAAACUGUGCAAUAUUUUUCACAUCAUAGAUGUAUAUAUAGUUUAUAGGCCAUGCUUUGAAAUUGCAGUCAUAUUUUGCUAUGGCUCCAUUAAUUAAGAGAGAUAUAUUUAGUAUAGAAAGACAUUUUUAAGAAGUUAUUUGUUCACUUGUGAAUUGAUAAAUACAAAAAAUGAGAAGUCUAUACAUUUCUCUUCAUAGCAUAUUAAUUUAAAUUUUCAGUACUGUUUUACAUGUUGAUUAUUUUUUAAUGAAUUCUUUAGUUUCAGCAUUCCUAAGUGUUAACUUUAAGUUUAUUUUGUAAGAUUUGAACCAAAUGUACCCAUGUUUAUCUGGGUUUUUUUAGAAUUAUCUUAGACUUCCCUGUGGUUUUAGAGAACAAGUGUGCUGAAUUUCAUAGGUUUAUAUGUCUGCUAAUAUCAGUGCUACAGUUUGUGUGUACUGACAUGCUUUUGAUAGUAUUUUCUUAAAAUGGUAUGUAUUUUGGUGAAUUCCUUGGCACUAGGUGUUAAUAAACACUUUUUUUCUUCAUGGUCCGUUUUGAAAUUCUCUUCAGAAGAUUAAAAAUCAUCUGUUCCACAGUCCAGUACCUUGAGUGGAAGAUUUUUCAACCUACAUUGCCAUUUACAUGAAGCAGCAUAAGCAUCUCAAAAGCUAAAAGGAACUUAAUAUUUUCAUUUAGAAAAUUGUAAUAAAGUGUUUGUGUGAAUUUGUGUGUAUUAUUUUAGGCUCUGCUUGAAACAGGAAAAAAUGAAGAGAUAUAAACAAAGUCACUGUAAAUCUUUUCAAUAUGUAAACCAAAAUAAUGGUUUCCCUUGCUUUUUGGAAGUAUAAUAGUGCAUGCUCCAUGUUGUAAUCAAUUAAACCUAUGAAAUGACACAUUGAAACAAGAUGGAAUGUUCUCAAAACUAGCCGUUUUCCAAUUAACAGGGUGCUCACAGUUGUAGACAACAAAAGAGCAUAUCCAGUAUUCUUUGGGGGUUUUGCUGCUACAGCUUGACAUCCUAAUUGAACAAAAAUUUUUGCAUCAUUAUGCCUACUUUUGUCCUGUUUUCCCACUUUGAUUUUUUUUUUUUUUAAGGUAAGAUAUUUUUUGACCUACAUUCCUUUUUUAAAGAAUCUAAAUGGGACAGAAUGCAGAACAAUCAUCAUCCACUCGGAUGCCAUUUUAUAAAUUAACACUGUGUGCUUUUGUAUGAAAAAAUAUAUAAUUUAAUAAUCUAUGAAAAUAAGAAAUUAAGAAUGUAUUUUCAUUUGCACUCAUGCAAUAUACAAACUGCUGUACAUAUUUUCUUGUUUUGGAAAAUUUACAUUUACUGCAUGUCUUGAUCGCAUGUACCCUGGAAAAUGUAAUUGGCUUUUAUUGCACUUUUCAUUUAGUCUGUUCAUAUAUUGUUGGUUUAAGUUUUCCUCAGUUUCACUACAGUAAACUCCUAUACAUUCUUGAUAACCACACUGACUGUUGGCUAUAAGUUCUGAGAAUGGAUAUUUUCUUUGAUUUAUUUCUUGUGUCACAGGAACAUUGCAGGUACAUGUAUAUGUGUCUUUUAGGCAUUUUGAAGUCUUAGAGUAUGGAAUUUGUCUACCAUCUGAUUGUGUUGAUUUUUUUUUUUCUGUAGGUAUUAAGUCAAAUAAACUGUUAAGUAUUCUAUUUUAAUGUA